AUGUGUUUGCUUCUUAUGUUGGUAGAACUAAAACGGUCAUGCUCAGUUAAGCAGGUUUAUCUAUAUAGUAACAGACGGGUCCGAGGAUUCAGCCGGGAGACGAGCUGUGUCGCCUGGAAGCUGUUCAAGAUCUCUCAAAAUACUUGUGUAAGAACUGUUAACUUGGAGAUCCGUCAGCAUCCGGCGAAGAUCAGAAGCUUCUUCCUUGAGCCGCACAUUCUCCUGAACAACUUUAUCGUGGCUCUCCAAAACGUGGUUCAACCUGUCGAUGAGAUUAUGGUUCUCCGUCCUAAGACGAAGAAGCUGGGACCAGAGCUCGUCCAGGUGCCUCUGCUUCCGCAUCCUCGACCGCCGUGCGGAUUCCCUGUUGGAAAUCAUUCGCCUCUGCUUUCGCUCGUCGAUGAUGCUCACCUGAUGCUCCUCGGCUUCGUCGGAGGUUGAGUUGUUGCUGAUGCAUGAAGAGUUUGGAGCGAGAUCGGGGAUUGAGAGAGAUGUCUGAAGAUUAUUAGGCAAGUUGGUGAAGAAUGUGCUGAAGUGAAAAGGUGGGAGGUUGGUGUGGAUGAAGCGGAAGUUGGCUGGAAAGAUGGAGGGGUUGUCUUGGGAGAAGUAGUUGUUCAUGUUCAUUGCCUGUGUCUCGGACGGAAUCAUGAUUUCAAUAAUACGUUACUGAGGUUGUAGGAGCGUUCUGCGUGGAAU